GGCAGGAGGGCACACGGUGACUUGGGCUGCACGCUGACCUGCCUGCCGCUCACAACUUGUAUAAGCAACUUUUCUCGUGGCCCCAGGAAUCUCGGACCAAGAAUCUUUUUCUGCCUCCCUUCCACAGCCCUUGCUGAAUGGGCUGAGUCUGGGUUCCCCCCAUCUCUUGGGUAAGUCGGGGGAGGCCUCAGGCCAGGGCAGCCUCCUGUAUUCUCCCAGAUCCCACAGUGUCCGGUGCACCCAGGAUGGCAGCCAAACUCCGGUUUCCAGGACCGCAGGAGGAGAUGCCGCUGACCUUCCAGGAUGUGGCCGUGUAUUUCUCUCAGGCGGAGGGACAGCAGCUUGGUCCCCAGCAGCGGGCGCUGUACAGGGAUGUGAUGCUGGAGAACUACGGGAACGUCGCCUCACUGGGAUUCCCUAUCCCUAAGCCGGAGCUGAUCUCCCAGCUGGAGCAAGGACAGGAGCUGUGGGUCCUGGAUCUUCUGGGAACUGAGGAACCAGAGGUCUUGAGAAGCUGCCGUACAGAGUCUGAGAGUGGGACUGAGAAGGAAGUAUCCAUUAUAAACCAGAAAUGUUCUGAAGAAGUGAAAACCUCAGAAUUUAUGUCAAGAAGCUUCUUAAGGGGUACUCCACAGGCACCUGAGUUUCAGGAAGCUUGGGACCAGGAGGACAAACUAGAAGGGCACCCAGGAAAUUCUGUUGGGCAGAGUUUGAAGAAACCCAGUCUUCACAAGAGAGUUUUCAGAGAAGCUGUCAUGUAUAGGGAAAGAUCUCCAGGAGAAAGAACCCAAGAGUGUGGUGCAUUUGAUAAAAAUUUGAGUCUGAACCAAAAUGUUGUUAGACUUCAGAGAAAUAAGACAGGAGAGAGAGUCUUUAAAUGUGACAUAUGCAGCAAAAGCUUCAAAUAUAAUUCAGACCUAAGUCGACAUCAGAGAAGUCACACUGGGGAAAAGCCUUAUGCAUGUCGUCAGUGUGGGCGAGCCUUUCGUCACAGCUCAAGCCUCAUGUUGCACCAUCGAGUUCACACUGGAAAUAAGCCAUUUAAAUGUGAUGAAUGUGGGAAAACUUUUGGGCUCAAUACUCACCUCCUUCUCCAUCGGAGAAUCCACACUGGCGAAAAGCCUUUCGGGUGUAGCGUAUGUGGGAAGGCCUUCAGUCGAAGCUCUACUCUUAUUCAGCAUCGUGUAAUUCACACAGGAGAGAAACCUUACAAAUGUAGUGAAUGCGGGAGAGCCUUCAGCCAGAGCCCCCAGCUAACUCAGCAUCAGCGGAUCCACACUGGAGAGAGGCCGCACGGGUGCGGUCAGUGUGGGAAGGCCUUCAGUCGGAGCUCGAGCCUUAUCCAGCACCAGCGAAUCCACACUGGAGAGAAGCCCCACAAGUGCAAGCAGUGUGGGAAGGCCUUCAGCCAGAGCUCGAGCCUUUUUCUCCACCACAGAGUCCACACUGGAGAGAAGCCCUAUGUGUGUGGUGAAUGUGGCAGAGCUUUUGGUUUUAACUCUCACCUCACUGAACACGUGAGGAUCCACACUGGAGAGAAGCCCUACGUGUGUAAGGAGUGUGGCAAAGCCUUUAGUCGGAGCUCCACUCUUGUUCAGCAUCGAAGAGUUCACACCGGGGAGAAGCCCUACCAGUGCAGGGAAUGUGGGAAAGCCUUCAGCCAGAGCUCGCAGCUCACCCUCCACCAGCGCGUGCACACUGGAGAGAAGCCCUACGAGUGUGGCGACUGUGGGAAGGCCUUCAGCAGGAGGUCGACUCUCACUCAGCACCAGAGAAUUCACACGGGAGAGCGUCGCGAGUGCAGGAAACGUCCAGCCUUUGUUCAUGGCUCCAGCCUUACACCGCACAGACAGAUUCCCACAGGAGCCUUCAACCGUGCUGCAAACCUUGUUGUGCAUUGGACAAUUCACACUGGUGAGAAAUCCUUUGGAUGUAAUGAAUGUGGGAAAACUUUCAGUCCCACCUCACAACCCACUGAAGAUCAGAAAGUGCAUGCUGGGGAGAAACCCUAUAAACGUCAAGGAUGUGGAAAAGCCUUCAGUGGGGGUUCAACACUCAUUCAACGUCAAGUAAUUCAUACUAGUAAGAACCCGUAUCGUGGCUGUGUGUGUGAGAGAGACUUCAGCUGGAGCACACGGCUCACGCCGCAACAGCGAGCUCCUGUUGGGGAGAAGCCCCCUUUACGUGAUGGGUCUGAAAGAUACUUUAUCCAUAUCAAAAAGAUUUUCCAAGAAAGACAUUUUUAAUGUGAUAAUUGUGGGAAACAAUUUAGCAGUUCUUUUUAUGUUGGAUAAGACGGCGUAAUGAAAGUUAAAAUCAGAAGGUCUAAGUAUUACUAGCAAAGCAAAAUAAACAGUUCAGGCGACUAUUAGUCAUUAAAUUUGAAAGCAAACAUGAGAGAAUUCACUGUGGAAAAUAGGGUUGUCUGGGUCGAGGUUGCUCUUGUGCUCAGGCGGGGAACUGGGUGGCACCAUGCUCAGAUGCUCACGGUGAAUGACCUGAGAGCCGAGAAGUGAGCCCACCUAGUCUACGCUAUGUGAGCAUUUCUAGUCUUAUCUCAUCUGUGCUAUCUAAGCUCAGGCUUGUAGCUGAGAAUAUCCAGUUCUAGUCCUACACGCCUGCCUCUGGGUGUGGUGCAGAGAGCCUUGGCCUGUCUCCCCCACCAUCCCAUAGAACAGCUGCAGGCGGGAGCCCCUUCCUCACUUGGAGCCCGAGCCCGGUUUUUGCAUUUGUGAAAUGAAAGUUGGUUGUUUGCUUUUAAUUCUAAGGAGCGCUACAGUUCAGCUGAGAAGGGGACCUCGGGGUCCAGUAAAGCAGGGGGCUGCCAAGUAGCUCCACGUUUGAAAAUUGUAAUUACUGAUAAGAUUUUUUUAAGUCAAGUUUAUUAAGGUAUAAUUUAUAUAUGAGAAUUCACUUUUUUCAUUGUGUAGUUCUCUGCGUUUUAACAGAAACAUACAGUUGUGUGACCACCACUGUAAACAAGGUGUGGGACUUUCCAUUGCCCCCCGAAACCCCUUUGUGCCCUUGUGGUCAGCCCCUCCUCACCCCCAGCCCUGGGAGCCACUGUCUGUCUUCUGUCCCAGCAGCUUCCCAUUUUUAGAGCCACAUUGCGUGCAGCCUUUCCAACCUGGCUGCUGCUGCUGCUUUUUUUUUUCAGUAGGAAGAAAAGGCAUAACAAGUGUUAUUAUUUAACGUGCUGGGAGAAGGCAAGGCGUGAGGGAGUCACCAGAGAGUCUGUCCCCUUCUCUCAGCACGGUGCGUUGGAAGUUCAUCUGUGUUGUGUGCGUCAGCAGUCUCUCACUGCUGAGCAGUGUCCCGUCGUGUACAUGUCGCAGCUUAUGCAUUCGCUCAUGGAGGGGCAUUUGGGUAUUUCCAGUUUAUGGCGACUGUGAAUAAAGCUGCUAUGAACAUUUCACUACAGCUGUUUUGUGAACUUAACUUUUCAGUCCUGUUGGGUAGACAGCUAGGGAUCAGAUCACUGGGUCACACGGUAAGCUUAUAUUUAACUUUUUAAGAAUCUGACAAACUGCUUUUCCAAAAUGGUUAUGCCAGUUAUGUUCUCACAAUGUGUGAGAAUUUAGUUGCUUUGAAUCCUCACCAGAUCUUGGUAUUGCCAGUUUUUUAAAUUACAGCCAUAUUGGUGGAGAUGUAAUGACAUCUCUGUGUUUUAAUUUGCAUUUACCUUUUCUUUUUUUUCUGGCAGCUGGCCAGUAAGGGGAUCCGAACCAUUGACCUUGGUAUUAUCAGCACCUUGCUCUAACCACCUGAGCUAUCCAGCCAGCCCCGCAUUCCCUAUUAACUGUAAUUUGAUCAAUAAGCUUCUAUUUAAAAGCGUUUCACUGGGAAGUUUGAAAAAUACUGGAGUAUUUAAUCUCCGGUGGCCUGGCCACCUCUGAAAUCAUGAUUUUGCAAUUCUGAGACUCCACCAGGAAGAAUCUUUUUUCUAAUCCACUUGUCAUUCCCUCCAGGCCCAACUGAAGUAUCACCCCCUUCAAGGAGCCUUCCUCAGUUAAUUUCUUCCUCUGUCCUUACAGGGUUUUCUUAGGAAAUCUGGGGUCACUUAUGUGUUCAACAUUCAUUCUGUGAUUUGCUGCACUCAUCCCCCUCCCGUCCCCACGUCCUGUCUCCCCUGCUAUAUUGUUAAAGUUUUUAAGCACAGAACCUUUUCUGAGUGUGGGCUCAGCCAGCUCCAGCGUAGUCCGUGUGGAAGGCUCUGCAGACACGUGGAAGAGGGGGUGGGGAGCACAGGCUAGGCCAAGGGUCCCUUCUGCCUGUGCCACGGGCUCACGCCGACCUCAGGUAAAGCAUCUAAUCUUUCUGGGUCUCUUUUUCUUCAUCCCUAGAAUGGGGAUAAAAACUGUUGCCUCACGUAAAGUGUAUCCUUCGGAAGAGGAGAGCGUUCCUCAUAUCCUGCAGCUCAGCCUUCGUGGCCCCACCACGGCAACUCACGUUUUAUUUUCCUUUUUCUACCUGGCUCCAGCAUUAUACUGGGAGCUCUCUGCUGUCAGAGAUACUGUCUUAGGCACCUUUUUAUCUCCAGCACAUGACACAGGAUAGGUGCUUAAGAUGCAUUUGGGAAGGAAGAAAGGAGAGAAGGGAGGGAAGAAAGGGAAACAGUGUCACGAAAGCACUUUGUAUAAAUGUGAAACACUCUACAGUAGACCCCUUAUCCGUGGGGGGUACAUUCCGAGACCCCCAGUGGAUCCCAAAACUGGGUGGUACCAAACUAUAUACUGUUUUUUCCUAUACCUACCUACCUAUGAUGAAGUUUAAUUUGUAAAUUACACACAGAUAUUAUCAACAGUAAUUAUUAUUAGUUAUUAAAUAGGACAGUUGUAACAAUAUACUGUAAUAAAAGUUAUCUGAAUGUGA